UCCUUCCGAAUAUUUAUUGAGGAUUAAAUGGCAUUAAAUUAUUAGUAUUUGGCGCGAAAUAUAUGUUGACAUAUUUUCGGCGGUUUUAUAAAAAGUUGUUAAGAGUUUUAAUUUUUGUAUGUUUUAUUUUUUCAAUUUAGUUUUAGAAUGUUAGAUCUAUCUAUUAAAGUUCCAAAAGUAGUAUGUCCAUCGGAUUCAAAGGGCCAUAUUCAGGUGAUAUUCGGUCCUAUGUUUUCUGGAAAAACGACAGAGUUAAUUCGUCGUCUUAAGAAGUAUGAAAUUGCUAACCAUAAGUGUCUCAUAAUUAAAUAUCCACAUGAUUCCAGAUAUGGAGAGUCAGGAAUCAAAACCCAUGACAAGCAAACACUGAAUGCUGUCCUGACUAACUCCCUCAAUGAUUUAAAAAGUGAAGCUUUGAAUCAUAGCGUUAUUGGAAUUGAUGAAGGACAAUUUUUUCCUGAUAUUGUUACAUUUUCUGAAGAAAUGGCAAACAGUGGAAAAAUUGUUAUUAUUGCUGCUUUGGAUGGAACUUAUCAAAGAAAAGGAUUUAGCAGCAUUCUUCAGUUGAUUCCUCUUGCUGAAAGCAUCAUCAAACUCAAUUCAGUCUGUAUGCUUUGUUAUGAAGAUGCAUCUUAUACAAAAAGGAUAGGAACUGAAACACAGCUUGAAAUUAUCGGUGGUAUAGAUAAAUACAUGGCAGUUUGUCGCAAUUGUUUUAAAGAUGAUGCACCCGCAGAAAGUAAAUUAGAAGAAUUGAAGAUAAAAACCACAAAUGAUUCUGAAUUGAUUGCUGAGAAAGAAAAUCAGUGUAAAUGUUAGUUAUAUGCUUGAAAUGACAUUUUAGGAUGACUCUUGUUGCACAAGACUUCUUUAUAAUUUGCACUACUCUCUAUUCUUGUUUAAAACAACUUUGAUCUAUGCUAAACUGCAUGCUAUUUUUUUAAAUUUAUCAUAGAAUUGUAUAUACACAUUCAUAAUCAUUGUGAUCAUAUUUAUGUAAAUGUUUUUAAAACGUGUGAUCUUUUAUGUCGGUGAUCUUAUAAAGUUUUAUAUCUAAUAAAUAAUUUUACAACAUUUA